AUCAAAAUAAAUAUUUGUUUGCUUUGCAUAUUCCUUUCGAAAGUACUGUGCUAUUGUCGUUGCCGAUCGCUGUAACUAUUUACAAUUUAUUUAACAUUUGCGUGUUAUCUUAAUAUUGGUGCGAACGUGAAUAUUACAAGAAAAUAAGUUCUUAUACCUGAAUCAUGUUGGUAAUUAGAGAUCUGAUGAAGCGCGCUGGCGUGAGCGGGCAGCUGGUGCCGUUCUUCAAGGCGGUGUGCGUGUACUUCGUGCUGGGUGCCGGCGCGCCUUCAGCUGCCACCGCCGCGCUUAAGUGCGCGCCCAUCAUCUGCCUCUUCGGCUGCGUGCUCUACAAGGCCGCCUACUCUGCGGGGGAACGGGGUCGGUACGCGCGCUUCGUGUGUCUGGGACUGGCACUGUCGGCGCUGGGGGACGCGGCGCUGGUGUGGCCGCGCCUGCUGGCGGCCGGCAUCGUCAUGUUCGGCGCGGCCCACGUCGCCUACAUCGCGGCGUUCGGAUUGCGACCUCGGCGCGCCGGACUGGGCGCGCUAGCCGCGUUGGCCGCCGCGCUGUACGUGCGCACGCUGCGUCCCGCCGCGCUGGCGCCCUUCGCCAUGCUCGUGCACGUGUAUGCGGCUCUGCUGGCGGCGAUGGCGUGGCGCGGCGCCGCGCGGCCCGGCCCGCAGCGAGCCGGCGCCCUGCUCUUCGCCAUCUCCGACGCCCUGCUCGGCUACAGUCUCUUCGGUGGAUCCCUGCCCUACAAGAAUGUGCUGGUGAUGUCCACCUACUACCUGGGGCAGCUGCUGAUCGCCCUCAGCGCGCUGAAGCCGACGGAGGCGCAGCGGCACGAGCACUGAAUCCACUCCUCGCAUGUGAUCCGCGCGGGAACAUGAAGCGCGGCGACAAUGGUGGUGGCGGGAAAUUGUUUAAAUUUCAUAUUGUAUUUUCUCGCCGCGAAUACUUUACGGGAGAAAAUAUUAAUUAAUAUGUAACUUAGUUUGGUGAUACUGUGAAUCGGAAUAGCAGUGUAAAACAAAAUGCUAUUCUUAAUGUUACUAGUGCGUUCAGACCGUCUCAUUUCUUUUGUAUAGUCUAGGCAAAGCUUUUAGAACAAUGUGCCAAAAUGGCUGAAACCGUGUCCGCGCUCUACAGCUCGGACAAGGCGAGUGCGUUCUUACUGCGUUUAGAAAUUGUCAAAUGAGUAGUUUACUUGAUAGAAAAUAUUAAUCUCUCAUAAAGUAACAGUUUAAUAUUGAGAUUAACUCCGCAGUCGAAGUUAAACGG